UGCUGCCUUGGCCAGAGUCCGGAGCAGCCGCCGCCCGAGCGCGCCGAGCUCAGUUUGCUGCCCGCGCCGGCUUCCACCCCGGCCCGACCCCAACCCACCCGGCCAGGCUCCACACGCAGGUGCGGACGAUCGGGGCCAGCAGCCACCAUGGAGGUGAUGAACCUGAUGGAGCAGCCGAUCAAGGUGACCGAGUGGCAGCAGACCUACACCUACGACUCGGGCAUCCACUCGGGCGCCAACACCUGCGUACCCUCCGUCAGCAGCAAGGGCAUCAUGGAGGAGGAGGAGGCCUGCGGGCGCCAGUACACCGUCAAGAAGUCAACCACCUACACCCAGGCUGGGCCCCAGAGCCAAGGUGACCUGGAGUACCAGAUGUCCACCACAGCCAGAGCCAAGCGGGUGCGGGAGGCCAUGUGUCCCGGAGUGACCGCUGAGGACAGCUCGCUGCUGCUGGCCACGCAGGUGGAGGGCCAGGCCACCAACCUGCAGCGGCUGGCUGAGCCGUCCCAGCUGCUCAAGUCGGCCAUCGUGCACCUUAUCAACUACCAGGACGACGCCGAAUUGGCCACCCGGGCCCUGCCAGAGCUCACCAAACUGCUCAACGACGAGGACCCGGUGGUGGUGACCAAGGCGGCCAUGAUUGUGAACCAGCUGUCGAAGAAGGAGGCGUCGCGCCGGGCCCUCAUGGGCUCACCCCAGCUGGUGGCGGCCGUGGUGCGCACCAUGCAGAACACCAGUGACCUGGACACGGCGCGCUGCACCACCAGCAUCCUGCACAACCUCUCCCACCACCGCGAGGGGCUGCUCGCCAUCUUCAAGUCGGGCGGCAUCCCUGCCCUGGUGCGCAUGCUCAGCUCCCCCGUGGAGUCGGUCCUGUUCUACGCCAUCACCACCCUGCACAACCUGCUGCUGUACCAAGAGGGCGCCAAGAUGGCGGUGCGCCUGGCGGACGGGCUGCAGAAGAUGGUUCCCCUGCUCAACAAGAACAACCCCAAGUUCCUGGCCAUCACCACCGACUGCCUGCAGCUCCUGGCCUAUGGCAACCAGGAGAGCAAGCUGAUCAUCCUGGCCAACGGGGGCCCCCAGGCCCUUGUGCAGAUCAUGCGCAACUAUAGCUACGAGAAGCUGCUCUGGACCACCAGCCGCGUGCUCAAGGUGCUGUCCGUGUGUCCCAGCAACAAGCCUGCCAUUGUGGAGGCCGGUGGGAUGCAGGCCCUGGGCAAGCACCUGACCAGCAACAGCCCCCGCCUCGUGCAGAACUGCCUGUGGACCCUGCGCAACCUCUCAGACGUGGCCACCAAGCAGGAGGGCCUGGAGAGUGUGCUGAAGAUCUUGGUCAACCAGCUGAGCGUGGACGACGUCAACGUGCUCACCUGUGCCACGGGCACGCUCUCCAACCUGACCUGCAACAACAGCAAGAACAAGACGCUGGUGACGCAGAACAGUGGCGUGGAGGCGCUCAUCCACGCCAUCCUGCGUGCCGGCGACAAGGACGACAUCACCGAGCCGGCCGUCUGCGCCCUGCGCCACCUCACCAGCCGCCACCCUGAGGCCGAGAUGGCCCAGAACUCCGUGCGCCUCAACUACGGCAUCCCGGCCAUCGUCAAGCUGCUCAACCAGCCCAACCAGUGGCCGCUGGUCAAGGCAACCAUCGGGCUGAUCAGGAACCUGGCGCUGUGCCCGGCCAACCAUGCCCCGCUGCAGGAGGCUGCCGUCAUUCCCCGCCUUGUCCAGCUGCUGGUCAAGGCCCACCAGGAUGCCCAGCGCCACGUGGCUGCCGGCACACAGCAGCCCUACACGGACGGCGUGAGGAUGGAGGAGAUCGUGGAGGGCUGCACGGGAGCCCUGCACAUCCUCGCCCGGGACCCCAUGAAUCGCAUGGAGAUCUUCCGACUCAACACCAUCCCCCUGUUCGUGCAGCUGCUGUACUCGUCGGUGGAGAACAUUCAGCGUGUGGCCGCAGGCGUGCUGUGCGAACUGGCCCAGGACAAGGAGGCCGCCGACGCCAUUGACGCCGAGGGCGCCUCUGCCCCGCUCAUGGAGCUGCUGCACUCCCGCAACGAGGGCACUGCCACCUACGCCGCCGCGGUCCUGUUCCGCAUCUCUGAGGACAAGAACCCAGAUUACCGGAAGCGCGUGUCCGUGGAGCUCACCAACUCACUCUUCAAGCACGACCCGGCGGCCUGGGAGGCUGCGCAGAGCAUGAUCCCCGUGAACGAGCCCUACGCGGAUGACAUGGACGCCACCUACCGCCCCAUGUACUCGAGUGAUGUGCCCCUCGACCCGCUGGAGAUGCACAUGGACAUGGACGGGGACUACCCCCUCGACACCUACAGCGAUGGCCUCAGGCCUCCCUACCCCACCGCCGACCACAUGCUCGCCUAGCCGCCCCCACCCCGGUGCGGCUCCUCAUCCGAGAGGCCCCCGUGCGGGCGAUGGGGGAGACAGAAGUGCCUGAGCGGGGAGCCGGGGCUGCGCCUUGCUGCUGCGCCCGGGGCCGCCGCAGUUCCUCCGCGGGGUCUUUCUUGGGAUGGUGUUCCGCUCGCUUUGCUGUCCUGGGCCCUGGCCACUGAAGCUUUACACGCAAGCCGCCCGCUCGGUACCCCCAGCAGCCCCUGGCCCACCUGUCUCCCGCUGCCCGAGUCCCGGCCUCGGGGCUUCGGUUCCUUCUCUGGGCCUGGUUUUUCUCACUGAACCCCACUGAUCAACCAGGGCCCCAGAUCCCAAAAUCCAAAGCUUCUCAUGAAAAGUGGGGGGGUGAGGGGACGGAGAUGGGGGAGUGGGAACCCCGCUGUGCUCUCCAGUAGGCGGGGCUCGCUCUGGCCCACCCUGGGUGCUUGGGGGACAGCUCCUGCUCACUGCUGCCCUCUGCGGUGUGUAGUGAGGGGCUUUCUCUUCUCUUCUUGUUUCUGGCUCCACCCACCCCCUGCACAUGGGUGGGGGGGCUGCGGGAGUCCCAGUGGAGAGUUUUAUUAUCAUCGCUUUAUGUUUUUGGUUAUUGGUUUUUUGUAUAGACCAAAGCAAAGAAAAUAAAAGUAACACAGAUACCAUGGGCUAUCGAGGGGCGUGGUCGGGGAGGCAUGGGGCUCCCUGCCCCUCCACCCGCGGUGGUCUGUGGCUUGCUGUUCAAGCCCCUUGUGGGUCUGCAGUGGACCCACCCUGGGUCCUGUCCACCUCCCCUCUGUCCCCCCCCCACUGCCUACUCUGUCCUCCGCCAUCCCAGGGACAGCCAGCACCAAUCGCCGUGCCUGCUUCAUCCACCCCACCGGACCCAGCUCAGACCUGACCCCAAAGCACUUGCUCUGUGGCCCCUGCCUUUCUUGGCCACGCCCCGCUGGUGCUCAGCUGACCUCCUUCAUCAUGUCAGUCAGGCUCUCGGCUUACAGGAUGGCCAUUCACAGUGUUCCUGGCAAACCUGAGAACAAGAGUCACCUGUGCCCCUGCCAGCCCCACCUGCCCAGGCUGGGGCCAGGGCACCUGAUUAGGAGGUGGCCUAAGGUCCCCUGAGCGCUGCCUGCUGAGGCUGUGGGAGGGGACAGAGGACCGAGUUUCCAGAGCAGGCGGCCUUUUAACCACGCAGUUCUUCUGUACUCUGUGUCCAGAGCCAGGACUGGAAAUACUCAAAGCUAGGAAAUUUGAGACAUUGAUCAAGGCACGGUUUGCAGAGCCAUGGGCAGGUGCAGGGAAAGCAAGGGGAGGACAGUGGCUGGGCUGCUCAUUACAGCCAGGCAGGCAGGCUGGGAGCUCUGCAGAGGACUCGUCCCCACACGGGAAGGCUGAGGCCCCACCGUCCUCCCUGUGCUGCCCCCUGUUGGCCACACCCAAACGGAAACCAGAGAGCCCAUUCUUGUCAGCCAUCCGGGUCAUCCGCUGCCCAGGGCAGAGUGGAGAGGACGUGGGGAAGCCGAUGAAGACACCUGGCAGACAUGCAGUGCCCCAGCUGCCUUCCUCCUGUGGCUUGCAAGAAAGGAUGGCUCUCCCAGCCCCCUGACACGCAGGGAGCACCGGGCCAGGACGGGGCAGUGCGGCACCCACGGGAAGGGUUAAUGCCCCGCAUGACGGAGCUGCACCUGAGGCUCUGAGCUUCCUGGUAGCAUGGUGAAAGAGGAAAACUGAAGGCAAGGGGCUGGCACUGCUGUGCGGGGGUUAGGGGGGAGAAGCAGCCACUCGGGACUCCCCACCCCCUCUCUGGGAUCAAGUCCUGCCUCCGCUUCCAAUCUAGCUCCCUGCUAAUGCACCUGCGAGGCUGCAGAGGACGGAUCCGGUGCUUGGGUCCCUGCCACCCACUUGGGAGACUGCGGAUGGAAUUCUAGGCUCCUGGCUUCAGCAUGGCGCAGCCCUAGCUAUUGUUGGCAUUUUGGGAGUGAACCAGCAGGUGGGAGACCUGUCUCUCCCUCUCCCCUGUUACUCUGCCUUUCAAAUAAAUAAAUGAAGCAAAUCUUAAAACGGCAACAACUUAAGGCAAGUCAG